AUGAGUACAUUUGGGAGCCCAGGGCAGUUGCCAACGACGAAGCCAGUCCCACCUCAGAGGGGAAGUUUUCCAUUGGAUCAUGAUGGAGAAUGCAAGGAGGUCAUGAUGAAUUAUUUGAGCUGCCUCAAAAAGGUCAAGGGAGUGAAUGAGGACCAGUGUCGAUUACUGGCGAAAUCCUACCUUGGUUGUCGCAUGGACCGCAAUCUUAUGGCGAAAGACGACUUUAGGAAUCUGGGGUUCAAGGAGUCAUCACCGGCAGGCAAGGACGACAGCGGGGAGACAGGGGUAAAAGGCGAGCUCAGGUGGUGA